UCGUUUGAGAUGAACAGCACGCCACCGGAUCUGCGGGCCACCGGAUCUUCGGCAGAGAAGCUGACGAUGGCCGAAGGGAUCGCCAACAGUGCGCUGGACAGCCAGCGGCUCGCGAAAGUGAAACUAAAACACCUCCACAUCCCAGAACCGCUGCCCUUGGUGGCCACCAACGGUGAAGGAUCUACGGCCAGUUCGCUGGUGGCGGCGCGAAUUUUCAAACCGGUCACGCUCGGCUUCAAAAACCUGUCGUUCUCGGUCCGCAAUGGAAUAUUUAAGAAAGGUCGAGACAUACUCAAAGAUAUCAGCGGAGAGUUCCGGGCCGGCGAACUGACAGCCAUCAUGGGGCCGUCUGGCGCGGGCAAAAGUACAUUGCUGGAUAUUUUGGCGGGUUUCACGGAAGAUGGAUUCACAGGCGAGAUACUCGUCAACAAACAGGCCCGGGAUCUGAAGCGCUUCCGUCGGAUGUCCGCGUACAUUAUGCAGGAUCACGAUCUGCAGCCCCACCUGACGGUCCUGGAGGCGAUGCACUUCUCCGCCAAUCUCAAGAUCGGAGCCGAACUCAGUCCAGUGAGCAAGAAAAUACGGAUGAAUGAAAUACUCCGCGCCAUAGGGCUGUACGAGUCGAAAAAGACCCGCACGGGAAAGCUUUCCGGUGGGCAGAAGAAGCGACUCGCGAUCGCACUCGAGAUCGUCAACAAUCCACCGGUGAUGUUCUUCGACGAGCCCACGAGCGGCCUGGACAGUUCCACGUCGACGCAGUGCGUGGCACUGCUCAAGCAGUUGGCCCGCGAGGGUCGCACUAUCAUCUGCACCAUCCAUCAACCGUCGGCCCUGGUUUUCAACAUGUUCGACCAUCUGUACGCAGUGGCGGAAGGCGAAUGCAUUUACACCGGUGGCACCGGCCACAUCGUUUCCUUCCUGAAGGAGCUGGACAUCGUUUGCCCGGAGCAUUACAAUCCGUCUGAUUACCUGCUGGAAAUCGCCACCAACGACUAUGGACGGUUGAACGAUAAUCUUGUCGAGAAGAUGAUGAACGGCCAGAGCAACUUCUAUCGCAACCCGGAGCAGCCUUUCCCACCGUCGUUGUUGCCGAUCAAGGAGUCUCCCGGUACCACGGACGGGCCGAUGGUGCUGCUGGAGGUGCCAAUGUUUCCCGAUCGAGACACGGCCCCGCAGCCGGUCUCACCGGUGCUAGAUAAGCCAAAGAAAAUUGCCAAGAAGCUAUCGCUCAACCCGGAGAAAUGGUGUGGCCGAGACGAGGUGUACACGACCAGCUUCUGUCGGCAGUUCUCGUUGCUCCUGUUCCGCACGUUUCUGAUACUGAGCCGCGAUCGGUCGCUGAUGACGAUGCGCUUUCUGAUACACUGCCUCAUCGCUCCACUGAUCGGUCUGCUGUACUUUGGGAUCGGCAAUCAGGCGUCGCAUAUCUUCAACAAUUACAACUACGUUUUCUUCUCCAUCAUGUUUCUUAUGUUUACCGCAUUUAGCUCAAUGACCAUGGCGUUUCCACUCGAGCUUCCGAUCAUCACAAGGGAACACUUCAAUCGAUGGUACUCGCUGAGAGCGUACUACAUCGCCAUGACGGUGGCGGACAUUCCGAUACAGCUGCUCUGCACCGUUACGUACAUCGUCAUAACUUACUUUAUGACCGGUCAGCCGCUGGAAGCCUUCCGGAUCGGACUGUUUACGCUGAUCUGUCUGAUGGUGGCGUGGGUUGCACAAGGACUCGGUCUGCUCGUCGCCUCACUGUUCGACGUGAAGAACGGUGCGAUCUUUGGGCCGUUCUUCAUCUGCCCGUUCCUGAUAUUCUCCGGCUUCUUCAUCCACCUGACCGACGCCCACCCGGUGAUGCAAUGGCUGUUCCACAUCUCGUUUCUCAAGUACGCCCUUCAGGGCGCCACACUGGCGAUCUUCGGCUACGAUCGGCCCCGGAUGGAUUGCGACGAAACGUACUGUCACUUCGUGUUGCCAAAGAAGUUCCUCAAGGAAGUCGACAUGUUGCAGGCGGACUUUGUGCAGGCUGUGAUAGCGCUGAGUGUGAUCUUUUUCGUCUUCCGCGUAGCGGCAUUCUACGUGAUGCGGUACCGCAUGAAGAACAAACCUAGCAACGAAGUGGUCGUAAAUCGUGCUCAGGCCGCAUCAGGAAUGGCCGAGGAGAGCGUGGACGCGGUGGCGCUCAACAUAGCCGAUCCCAUAUUGGGCCAGCGGUUAACAUUGAGCUUCCGUAACAUUUGCUAUCGCCGCAAGGAUGGCAGACGGUGCAAGGACAUUCUCAAGAACGUGUCCGGAACGUUCCAGCCUGGCCGCCUGGUGGCGAUCCUUGGACCAUCCGGUGCAGGAAAGUCGUCACUGUUGGGCAUCAUCUCCGGAAUGAAACAAUCUGGGGUGAUCGGGACGCUCGAAGUGAACGGCACCAUCCUCGAUCGGAGAAAGUACCGGCAGCAGUGUGUCUACAUUCCGCAAGAUUUCGACCUGAUCGAGCAUCUUACCGUGCUGGAAACGAUGAGCUUUGCGGCCGACCUGAAAAUGCCCUCGCAGGCUCGGUCGGAGAUGGUGCGCAAGAAGAAGGUAAACGACAUCCUUCGCGUCCUGGGGCUGGACUCGAGCAUGCAGACGCUGGUGAGAAGUUUGUCCGGUGGCGAGAAGAAGCGCCUAUCGAUCGGCAUCGAAAUGGUGUGCAAUCCACCGAUCAUCCUGCUUGACGAGCCGACGAGCGGAUUGGACAGUGUUGCGGCGAUGCACCUUCUGCGCUACGUGAAAACGCUGUCCGAUGAGGGCCGAACCGUGGCUUGCGUGAUCCAUCAGCCGUCUUCGAGUCUGUUCGGUCUGUGCGACGAUCUGUAUCUGCUGUCCAGUGGGAGUUGUAUCUACCACGGACCGGUCGACGCAAUGGUCAGCACCUUCAGGGAGACAGGCUUCCACUGUCCGAGGUACUACAACCGAGCGGACUUUGCUCUUGAGGUGGCCUCCAAAUCUCCCAAGGAGUUGGAAUACCUGGCGCUGAGAUACAGUAAACAAGUGGCUGCGGCGCGGAAGACAUCACGGCAGGAGAUCGCUACUGAUCAGGAUUGCUUGGAUUUGGUGGUGCAGAACGUGGACACUGUCAAAGCCCGACCCGUCACGGCGGGGUUACGCUACCAAAUUCCGCAGUGGAAGCAGUUCUUCAUUCUUCUGCGCCGAUCGUUGCGAGUCACUUCGCGUGAUUUUUUUUUCGCCCAACUUCGCGUGAUCGCACACGCCGUGGUGGGCUUUCUGCUGGGUGUCGUAUUUUACCAGUGCGGAGAGGAUGCUUCGCAAGUGAUGACGAACGGCGCCAGUUUGUUCUUCUUCCAAAUGUUCAUCUUCUUCGGCAACGCCAUGCCGUGUGUUAUCACCUUUCCUCUCGAGGCGAAAGUAUUCAUCCGCGAGCGACUCAACAAUUGGUACUCGCUCGAGGCGUACUACCUUUCGAAGAUAUUCGCCGAUCUGCCACUGCAGAUCCUCUGCCCGACGCUGUUCCUGUCGAUCGCCUACAGCAUGACGGGCCAACCGCUCGAGUGGGAACGCUUUGGAAUGACCUGGCUUGUGGUCUUGCUGUUGGGGAUGUGCGCCCAAGCGAUCGGGUUGCUUUCGGGGGCGGCCUUCGACGUCCAGAUGGCGACCUUCUUCGUGCCCUGCUUCACCAUUCCAUCGCUCCUGUUUUCAGGCUUCUUCGUGAAGUCGUUCGAAAUGCCCGAAUUCCUGCAGCCGGCGGUCUACACUUCCUUCUUCCGGUACAGCUUCCAGGGCUCGCUGCAGGCGAUCUACGGGAAUAACCGGACCAACUUUCCCUGCUCGGAGAUCGUGUGCUACUUCAAUCGACCGAGCAAGUUUCUCAAAUUCAUGGACACCCCGGAGACCGGGUACUGGGACAACGUGUCCGUGCUCGGCGGGUUCAUAGUGCUGUUCCAAAUCGUUCUCUACAUUGUACUGCGCCACCGCUUGAAGAUGUACCAAUGA